UCAAAUAUUAUAAAAUGUGUUUAUGUGUACCUAUGAGGUGUGGACACUGAUGGGCUGAGUUGAACAGAGAUGGACAGAGAUGGACAUGGUUACAGAGAUAGUAUAGGCUGAUGAACAGUGAUAGUAUAGGCUAAUGAACCGUGACUCCAGUGCUGUUGAGGUCUCCUCCCCUCCUGGUCUGAUCUGAUCUGGGACCGGUUCUCUGAGCCGACUCCGUCCUCCUCCUCCAGCAGAGCUGCUGAUCACAUCAUCAUGGAGAGACCUCGUCCUCGCUCCUGCUGACUCGGUUUUCUGAGUAAAAAGAAGAGGGAAUAUUUCACUGGACAUCUUUCUAUCCCGGUUCUGUUCUCUGAAGAUGAAGAUGGGAUUAAACAGAAGAGAUCAGAGAGGAAUUACUGCUUCAGUUGGAAUACACAAGUCAGUGUGAGGCGGCUUCACACCGGCCAGCAGAGGACAUGGCAAAGGUCGGCUGUGAGAACUCCCUCUCACCCAGACUGCGCUGGUCCACCGCCACGUCCGAUGACGAGCUCGCCGUCAUAGAGAACGGGGAGAGCAGGACUCAGUCUCUGAACUCAGAGAGGACGCUGUCUGCAGAGUCCCACAGAGACUCUUUUACAGGAGCUGGAGCGAUGGCCAGGCUCUCUCACUUCUUCUUCAUGCUGUGGAACUGGGCGGCGUCUCACAGAGCGAACCCCGUACCACCAAGAACCGACUCGUUCCUGGAGCGCUUCAGAGGCCCCGAGCUCAAAGACCUCUCCGGUCGAGAGAGCAACGACCAGUCCGUCGGCCACGGCAAGAGGAAUGUUGCCAGUAAGUGGCCGCUAGCUACUUACAACAUGAACAACUGCAACAACACAGACGACAAAAAAGAUGACAAAAAGGAGGAGAUUAAAAAAGAUGAGGAGAAAAAAGAAGAGGAGAAAAAGGAUGAGAAGAAGGACGAGAAGAAAGAUGAGAAGAAAGACGAGAAGAAAGAUGAGAAGAAGGAUGAGAAGAAAGAUGAUAAAAAGGAUGAUAAAAAGAAGGAGGAGCCACCGAAAGAAAUCUGGAUUAUGGAUCCAGCCACAGACCAGUACUACAAAUGGCUGACCGUCAUCGCCGGCCCGGUAUUUUAUAACCUGAUAAUGAUCGUAACGAGAUCCUGUUUUAAUGAACUCCAGGACACGUACACUCACCUCUGGCUGUUCCUGGACUACACCACCGACAUCCUCUACUACACAGACACCUUCGUCAGAUCGAGAACAGGUUACCUGGAACAAGGCCUGCUGGUAAAAGAUUCCGGGAAACUGAGAAAUAAAUACAGAACAACAUCUCAGUUCAAAUACGACAUGAUCUCCAUGAUACCCACCGAUCUGCUGUUUCUGAAAUUCGGUUACAACAACCCGGAGUUCAGAUUCAACCGUCUCUGCAAAAUCUCGAGGCUCUUUGAGUUCUUCGAGCGGACUGAAACCAGAACCAGCUUCCCGAACAUGUUUCGUAUCAGCAACCUCGUACUUUAUAUCCUCGUUAUUAUCCACUGGAAUGCUUGUAUGUUCUUUGCCAUUUCGAAAACCAUCGGUUUUGGAACGGACACGUGGGUAUAUCCUAAUAUCAGUCACCCGGAGCACGGCCGCUUGGCCAGAAAGUACAUCUACUCCCUGUAUUGGUCCACGCUGACCCUCACCACCAUCGGAGAGACCCCUGCACCAGUCAGGGAUAUUGAAUUUGUCUUCGUCAUUGCCGAUUUCCUCACCGGCGUGCUGAUCUUCGCUAGUAUUGUCGGUAACGUCGGUGCCAUGAUCUCCAACAUGAACGCCUCCCGUGCCGAGUUCCAGGCGAAGAUCGACUCCAUAAAGCAGUACAUGCAGUUCCGAAAGGUCACCAAGGACCUGGAGGCCAGGGUCAUCAAGUGGUUUGACUACCUGUGGACUGAGAAGAAGACCUGCGAUGAGAAGGAGGUUUUGAAGAACCUCCCGGACAAGCUCAAAGCCGAGAUCGCCAUCAACGUCCAUUUGGACACGCUGAAAAAAGUGCGUAUUUUCCAGGGUUGCGAAGCCGGUUUGCUGAUUGAAUUGGUGCUCAAGCUGCAGCCGCAAGUGUUCAGUCCCGGCGAUUACAUCUGUAAGAAGGGGGAUAUUGGCAGGGAGAUGUACAUCAUCAAGGAGGGGAAGCUGGCCGUGGUGGCCGAUGAUGGAGUCACUCAGUUCGUAGUGCUCAGUGAUGGAGCCUACUUUGGGGAAAUCAGUAUUUUGGGUAUCAAGGGCAGUAAAGCCGGCAACAGGAGAACAGCCAACAUCAGAAGCGUAGGCUACUCGGAUCUCUUCGCCUUGUCCAAAGACGACUUGAUGGAGGCUCUCACCGAGUACCCGGACGCCAAAAAAGCUCUGGAGGAGAAGGGCAAAGACAUCCUGAUGAAAGACAACCUGAUCGACGAGGCGAUCGCCAACGCCGGCGCCGACCCCAAAGACCUGGACGAGAAGAUCGUGAAGCUGCAGGGAAACCUGGAACUCAUGCAGACCAAGUUCGCCCAGCUGAUGGCGGAGUUCACCUCCAGCACGUCGAGGAUGAAGCAGAGGGUCACCGACAUGGAGGGCAAAGUGAAGUCCAUGAAACCAGAGGACUUGACGGAAGUGGUGGCCGACAAGGACAAAAAAAGUCCAGUAGCGUGAGAGACGACCCCGAGGACUUUACAGGGAGUGAAGGGAUUUUUCAUUUAGAAUAGUAGAGUGACACUUUUUAAAGGACAUGUUUAUAUAUAUUUAUACAUCUCUGUUUAUCAUCAUCAUCAUAAUGUGUCAAAUUGUGUACAGUGUAUGCAGCAAACGUUUUUGUGUGUGCUAUGAUUGACAAUUUCAUGUUGAUCAGAAGUACUUGUGUUUCCAAAAAAAAAGGCUUUUGACAGCCUUAGAAUAAUGAGGAAUCUUCGUUUUCCUGAUCAGUGUUGACAUAUUCCCACGGACUGUAUGUAAGAAGUGGACGUAUUAACCGUGACGUCACCUGUUGGUUCGGCAUUUUGGCUGUCGCCAUC